ACAUGGACAAGCUGGGACUGCUGAAAGUGUUGUGUCUAAUCUCUUUGUUUGGAGCUUUGCAGGCGGCUUUCGUUUGGAAUACCAAAGGAGAAGUUGCACUUUUUAUAUCUAUAGCUGUACCCCUUGAUCUGUCAAGGAAUGAUGUCUUCUUGUCCUAUAACUUUGAAGCCAGCUAUUUGCUUCCACGAACCUGGCGCAAGAAGCCGAUAAUCUUUCGUAAUGGAAAUGGCACUCAUCAUGGUCCACAUGAAGAUGGGGUAGCUGACUUUGAAGAUUACUACGAUGAGUACGAGGACGAGCAUCAUUACAAUCAUGAGAAACCAAAGCCACCAAAGCGAAAGAAACCGCGACCUCACAAUAAGCCGCCCAAAAAGAAACACAAGCAUAAACCGAAGCCGAAGCCGAAGCCGAAACCGAAGCCGCCGCAUCAUAACCAGGACUUCUUUGAGGGAUUCCCGCGGCAGGACACCGAAGUGGCCUUGGGUGGGCGACGCCAGGAGCAAUCGUUGCUCUCACGCACGAAGUUCUACCAGAUACUGAGCCACAGAUUCGAACAACAUGGCUUUGGCAGCGGAGAUCGUUGUUUGCUGCGUUUGAUCUGCGAGGCAAACAGCGCACAGCUGGGAAACCACAACGGCGUGCUAGGCAGCCUCAUUCAUGUGAUGUUCAGUCCCAGCAGUUCGCAGUAUGAGGCACUGCCUCAACGCUACUACACGGCCGAGUUGAAGGGAGAACAGAACGAUUGCAGUGGAUAUUAUGAGCAAUGCAAACGCAGUUUACUCGAUGUCAUAACACGCCCUUUGGCCGAUUAUAUUGGCAAUAAAACAGCGCUGUUUUAAACGUUUAUUCUAUGUGCUCUUCAUAAACAUCUUGAGCGCUGGCCAAGCGCACUUUUUCAUAUAGGCACGCGCAUCGCGGCACUUCUUGUUGUUCGCCUGCCACACAUUGGUGGGGCAACGUCGCAUCAGCUUCGAGUAGGCGCAGAGACUGUAGAACAGAGCAUGACGAUCGCAUGCAUCGCUUUGGCUGCUCAGUUGUGUGAGCUCCUGAUAUUUGCUGUGCACCAGAGUUGCACAGCUGGCAAAAUUUGCAUCAUAGGCAUCGAUGAUCUCCUUCUGAUUCGCAUAGGCUCGCUCCAGCAUGGGACGCACAUGCUUUGUACUGAGUACUUUGCCUUGCAGUGCCGAUGUGGCAUUGAAGAUGCAACCCAAGCGACACUGUUGAAGGAACAACGCCAUCGAGUUCAGGAAGAGGUCAAGUGUAGAGUAAAGUUUUAUACUCACGCUCGGUUGAAUACCAGAUCGGCCACAUUCGCUAUUGUAGGCGCCCCAAUUGGGCAGUGGCAAUGGGCAGCAGACCUGAACGUUCUGCAAAUGCAAAAUUAGAAAUUGGAGAAAAUUGCAAAUCGAUCGAUAGAUCGGAAAUUCGUAGUUUACCUGUAAGGACUUGGGGGCUGCUCUGCAUUUGACAGCGCUGUGCGAAACUGGAAAAAUUCCGAGUAGUGACAGCAAUAAAAUGAACCUCAUGUUAGUGCAGUUGUUGCAACAAACUAAAUGUAGCUAAGCGACUGAAAUAUGUUGAAUGUUGGAGUGCAAUUAUAAAUCCGAUCAGAUAAUUCCAACAACAAGCUAGGCUUGUUUCAAUUCAAGAUUACAUGAUGAUUAAUGGAACGCAUAUGCUCGACGACAAAGUUAGGGAAAUAAAUAAACAAAUAAAUCACUUUCAUCGUGACUUGCAAUUGAAUCGCAGAUUUUGACUUUUGCGCUAAAUCACUUAAUCCCAGCUAAUUGUUCAGCGUGGACGAAACAAUUUGUCUGGCUGGGCCAACAUUGCGUAUGAGUAAUGAGUAUGACUCAAAGUUCAAUGUAAAUUGCGAACUGAAGUGUGAUGGACUACAAACAACUAAUUAAAUGUACAGUCUAACAUCGCUAUUAGCGAUACUAUUUAUUUAUUAAAUAAUGAUUUGAAAAGAUUUGCAGACAAGCAUGUGCUCAUUUAUAUUUCAUUUGUUUGGCAUUAUUUUAAAAAAUAUUCAAAUUCUAAAAUGUCAUUACUGUUAUUGUUUUACUGGCUCAUUCUUGGCCUAGAGCUGUUGCCUAUGGUCCGAAGUGAGUACCAGAAGAAUGCGAAUCUGCUUUGCACCCAAAUGCUGAACACACAUUUGCUCGAGAAGUGCUGCGGGGAUUCAAAGCCUAGUAAUCUGCUAUUCGAAAAUAGCAAUUGUGAAAAGUUCAAAGACGAUCAAGGCGCGUGUCGUUAUGAAUGCAUCUAUAAUCAUUAUCAACUACUUCAUUCCAAUGGUUCACUCAACAUGCCCAAUGUUAACGCAAUGAUCCUUAAGCUAUAUCCUAGACAUCAUGGAUAUCUUAGCUAUAGACUUAUGCUUCAGGAAUCCUACGAGCACUGCGAAUCCUUGAGUGCUACAUACCAUGGCCUUGUCCAGAUGUAUGCCACACUUGCGGAUCCAGAGAUCAAGUGCAAUAAGAAUGCUUUGAUUUAUGCCAAGUGCACCAUUGGCAACAUCUUUCUCAAUUGUCCCAUGGAAUUCUGGCAGGAAAUGAUUCCAGAGUGUGCGGACAGCCGUCGGCUACUUGCCCACUGCGUUCGGUUCCUCAAUGGCAUCGACGAUUUGAGCAGUCCUGCCAAAACACGAACAAGCAACGGGUCCUCGAGUUACAAGCUGAAGAUGCGCGGACCUCGACAACCAACACAUUGGUACACGACCUUCAUCAACUGGCUUGUCUUUUAGUCUUUUGUCCUUCAUUAUCACGAUCAUGUAAUGUACAAUUGAGAUUUCUUAAAAAUUGUAAAUAAAAGACUCUUUUUCUAUAAAUACA